AUGUGUCGAAGUGUGUGUUUUCCAGAAGAAGUCAGUUCACUUGUCGAUGCUGCAGGCGAACAUCAAGCAUGUAGUGGACAGCUGAUGCUGUACGUUGGCCGCGAAUCAGCGAUGUUCAAGACUCUGACGGAACCUACAUCAUGCGACGUAUUGCUGUUCUCCGUCGUAAGAGUGCAGUAUGCAUAUGAGUAUGGAGAUAACAUUGGGCCAGCAUCAGCGAUGAAUGCAAGGGAAAGAGGGUUGCGGUUGGUUGAAAAUGAUGCAAUUGCAUCUCACCCCGAGUCUUGCUAUCAUAGGGCUGAAGGCCUGAUGGUAGCUAUCCACCUCACUGCAUUAUGCAUUGAGGAUUUGGCAGUCCCAAUGAAUCCCUACCACGAAAGCUGGUACGUCUUGGCUGCGCGAAGGAGGAGGAUAUGCUCAGCUCAGGCAGCCAGCUCGGGCUACGGCGUCGCUGAUUCCAAGACUGUGGGUAUUGCGCCGAUAACGUGCCUUGUGGGACACCAUCCUGCCCAGGGCAAUGGUCCAUUCCACGCGAAAUUCCACCCAGCUAACGUGUCUGACUUCGUGCUGUGUCGCACAAGAGCACCCGGCCGAAGUACGGGUUACUGUACGCUCAAGAUCCUCGUUGCAUUCUCUAGUCGCAGCAUAUCGGGUGGGACAUGUCGCAAUCAGAGGCUCAAAGCAGUUCGCAUUUUUGACAGCGGCAGCUCGCAUCCGACCGUGAUCGUGAGUUGUCAGCCCCGGGGCAUCAUCACUCCAAUUGAAGACGUUGAGGCCCACAACGUCGGGCCGUCUCGGCGGUAUCAUCGUGAAUUCAGAAUGGUCACCGUUGCCGAAUACAAUACACCACCAUACCGUACGUAUGGCAUGUCACCAGCGGCAGCCAUUCCAGGGCACGACGUCGUCGCGCCGCCCAGGCGCCAUUGUUCCCGCAGGCGAAGCACUAUCGACACCGGGAGCUGGAUGGAUUGGGAAGCCAAGAUUCUCCGCUGUGACAGGGACGAACUCUCGCUUGACUUCGCGUCUUGA